UAAGCAAACACCCAUCUUUAAAAAAAAAUGCUCUAAGCGAUAUAUUUUGGGACCGGGUACAAGGAUACAUUAUGCUUCUGGAACCAAUUGCUAACACAAUUACCUCUGUAGAAGGUGACACACCAACGAUUUCAAAAUGUCUGCAUUUAUUUAAAAAAUGGUUAACACCUCAUUAGAAAAUGUCACUAAAAGUCCAUUGUUAUCCAAAGAGGAAGCAGAUACAAGGGCAAUUUUUGAAAAUCGGAAGAAGUUUGCUAUUUAUAGUGUUCAUUUUGUAGCUAACCUUUUGGAUCCAAAAUAUCGUGGCUGCGAACUUAGCUCAGAUGAGAUGACUGAUGCGACAGAAGUCAUAUACAAGGUAGCACAGAAGAUGCCAGCUGUCGAUGAAGCAGCCGUCUUAGCUGACGUUGUCAAUUUUAUUGCAAAAGAAGGACUAUUCAAAAAGGCUUUUCUAUGGAAUGAGGACACAAUUGCAGCUAUCAGCCCUAUUGCCUGGUGGAGUGGUCUUUGCUCAAAUACCGCACUCUCCAAGUUGGCGAUUCGUUUUCUAGAGUUGCCAGCGACAUCAGCAGCAUGUGAAAGAUCAUUUUCUUCAUAUUCGAGAAUUCACACCAACAAGAGAAACAGGCUGACCAAUACUCGAGCGUCAAAAAUCGUGUAUGUGGCUCAUAAUUUAAAAUUAAUGGCUGAACUACAGCCAAGUGAAUCAUCCAGUUCAGAAUCAAUUGCUGGCCCUAGCUUCACAGUCAAUCCUGCAUUAGAAUCUGAACCGGAACCAAUGAUAAUAUCCAAUUCAGAUCAGUCGGAGUCUGUCUUUGAAAGUGAUGAAGAGGAAGCUUCAGAGUCUGAAGAAAAUGCAGAUAGCGACGGGACGGAUCAGUGUUCAUUUAAGGGAUUCGGUUAAUUAAUUGAACCUUUUCAAUCAUUAAGACGUUGUUUUUUUUAUUUGAUAAAUUUUUAUUACUUAUUUUUGCUUUGAUUUUGCAAGUUAACGAAUAAACUCUUCUUAUU